AUCAACAGACUAUGGAUCCACCUAUGAGAGGAUGAAUGACAAAGUGGGAUCUAAGACGGUGCUGAGUUACCUGUAUGUCUGUCCAUCCAACAAGAGAAAGGUAAGACAAACUUCAAAAUAAUGAUUUUCAAUAACACAAUAAUGUCUAAGACUUAGAAGGAUUUAAUUACAUUUAGUUGAAUUAACUGGAACUGAAUUGUUCAUUGUCCAUUCUCUGCUGUCGCUAUUUGUUAUUUCUGAUCAAAUCAAAUGUUAACUCAAAGUGAAGGUUAGACGGUAGACUAACUAUAAAAUAAAAUAAAUAUGGUUUGAAUAAAUAUUUUCUUUCAAGCGUUUAAAUGUCUUUGUAAUUUGUGAGAUGGCCAAAGUUUAAUGACCUUAUUUAGCUUACAUUGCCUUAUGCUGGCAGCUUGCUUGGACUUAGAAAGUCAGUUCAAGACUGUUACCAAGCAAAACUUAGUUAUAGCCUCAGAACAUUUACCAUGACACAACACAGAGACCAAAAAGACCUGUUAGAAAGCCAAAACGUAUUCAAGACAGAGUCUUGUUGGUUUGUAGAUAAAUGCUGAAGCAAAACUAAUUUUAAAAAGUAGGUGUGUCUUCUCUGAGCGAAGUUUCUUUUUACUUUGGGAAGUAGACCAUCUAUUCCACAUUAUAACACAGGUGUCUCAGUCUCUCCUGAACCUUUUUAAGGGUCCUGCUAAGGUUCCUCACUAGCAAACCAUCCAUGAUUAAACUUUUCUCUGUGGGAAUGUGAAGGGAAAAGGGCCCCAGCUGGCUUUCUGGGACUCCCGAAGAGAGUUAAAUCAGUCCAUAGAUCACUAGCGCUGACCCUGAAAAUCCCUCCAUGGAAAGAGAGGGUUUGUGGGAUACCGAGCUGAUGGACAUAUCCCGCGUCAGCCUUGGACUCAGUAAUACCUUGGUCUGACCCUGUGACUAUUUUCCCACCGGCCGUCCGGACUUAGCGAUAGACCCUAUAGUUGAAGGUAGAGUAUGCCCAUCCAGCACAUUUCCCAGGUACAGGGAUAUAGGCUAACCAAGCCAAAGACACAUGAGAUACAUGGACAGACAACAGAUUUGCUGCAAGGGCCUAAUCAUCUCCCUUUUAUGGUGAUAGACUGAGGAUGUUGCAGUUUGCUUCACCUCAGUUACGGAAUUAUGUUGUAGUAGAAGCUAGCCACAUGAUGUCCGGACGCCCUCGUUAGGGCCACGUUUUGUAGACAACCACUAUUGACCUCUGGCUUCCACCGAUCCACAAUCCUCCUCACCUUAUCUCUUAUCUCAUUAUCGACGGAUGAGCCCAGCUCUCUACUGGAUAAGCUGGGAUGUUUUUUCCUCAUUGCAUUUGAGUGGCCAAGCAUAAAAUCUGCAUGUAUAGCAUGGGAAAAACACGAAGAGGCUUAUCUCUGUAUCUGUUGAGAUGAGGCAGUAAUGACCCAACACAAUAUAUUUGUGUAUUUAAUGCCUCAAGGGUGUUUUUUUCUCCCACGUAAAUAUAGCAUUACAAUCGAUUGGUUUCCACACAACAAGAUUCUGUUAAUGUCACCGACUAUAUUCUCACAUGUUGUCUAAAGGAAAAAAGCCAGAGGCUUGACCUUUCUAAGAGAAGAUAAUAGAUUUGAAUGAUGGUGCUGACAUUAAUCUUCAAGCUUUUAAAGAAGACACCCUUAUGCAUGUUCAGCAUUUUUCGGAGGUCUUCUGCACAGUUUGACUCACAACCACUGCUUAUAGACAUAUAAAUAUAAUUAAUAGACAUAGACAUAGAAUUAAUAGAUAUUAUAUUUCUAUGGUUGUAGCUAGAUAGAUAUCCCAAUUCACCGGAAAUGAGCCUAUUUAUACCUUCCCUAUAGAGUGCUCACUUACAGAUAGGCCGCAAUUGAUCUGUGUUUGACAUGAUUAAUCUGCUGUGAGGCAUCCUCUCCUCCUCUCCUCCCUUUGUUUGUGGUCAUCAGAAGGCUCGAGCACCGUCCAACAGCAGGCUGAAGCCCCUCAGACAACACAGCAAUGACUAUCGCACCCGUCGCAUGACGCAUGCUCGGUCGCUGGACUCCCACCGACUAGCUGAACAUCAGCAGAUAGCGUGCAGAGGUUAUCCCUCCAACCUGUAUUGAUCUAAUCUUUGUUACCAACCUCUCUCCUCUUUGUUGCUGGGAGACGCAUUGGUGAGGAAUUGGCAAGUGGAUGUGGAGCGAAAUCUUAAUUACCUGGCGACGAUGAUGUGACUAUUACGUAAGCUCCCCUCGUGGAACUUAGUGCCUGUUAAAACUGAUUCAGCAACAGAUGGACAUAUCCAUAUCCCUAUGAUCCACAUAAACUAUCUCAGAAAGGAAAUGAAUUCAAUAUACUGAGAGAAGGGUUAUGAGAAGGCUUUUAGUCCAGUUAUGGUAUUUGUCCAAUACAUUUUUCUACAUUUUGUAAGAUAAAUAAUGUUUGAAUAGGGUUUAUUCUUGAAUAUGUCACAUGUCAAAUAAUGUUUACUGUGCAGGAAAAUAAAUCAGGUUGGUUAAAGAUCAAUUAUCUUUGGCAGUUAAUACAUUUCCAGACUUCUCCAAUUCCUUUUAUUCUCAACAUAUAAAGUGUAUAUUACACCUUCCAAUAAAUGCAACAGUGAUACAGUGUAUAUAGGUUAUAUACAGAGUACAGCUAUGCCCACAGCUAUACAACAAGCCCUCUAUAAAGAUAUGUCUUAAUAUGUGUAUUAGAGUAAAUAUAAAGGAAGCCUGGUUGAAAAGGUCUCUCCUAAAUUAUUAUUAGAGAGCUGAGAAACGUUCACUGUCUCCCUGUUCAGUGGUGAAGAAACACAGAUCCACCCAGACCCUUCAAGGACGUCUAGCAUUUGUACUUUCCCCUCUAAGUGGUGAGACAGAGAGAAAGGGCCUGACAGAUGAAUCAGAAAUGCAAUUUCCACUCAUAAUAAAUGCUGUCGCUUAAUACAAUAUUAUGGAAAAAGUUUAGACUUUACCUUAGAAGCUAUAAAUUACAUGUGACAAGGCCCUAAGACACUGGGAGAAAUAGAGGGGGCCCUUCGCUGUACCUCGUACCUCAGUGAGGGUAAUGAAUGGCAGAAUUGGAAGGUCAGGCCAACAACAAAAAAUAGAAGGAAAAAUAAAAAAGAGCGAAAAACUGGCACAUAAUCCACAGUCUGUUUAUUGGCUCUUAAUGAAAAACAAUUGAUCUAAAUCACCACCAGGGAGGAUUCCUAGUUAAAGCUGGGGAAAGAGGGGUGGGGAGGAUUUCUAGUUAAAGCUGGGGAAAGAGGGUGGUAUUUUUGUCAGUGACAAAUGCACUGCUGUUUUUUCCAAUUCAAAACUGUUGCAGGGAAAACAAACACAGCCGUUCGGGCUGUGGCACUAUCCAAGUAAUGCUUUUCCCUUCUCCUUUUUCUGUCUGGUUUUAGUAGUUUUAUUAUCAUUAAAGCCAGGUGUCAGGUUAAUGUUGUAUUGCAUUAAAUCACAAACAGAAAGCAUAUUUGAGCUAAGCAUGUCUUAUUAAUCCAGAUAUAUAUGGAUUAGUUUGAGAAAAAAGGCUCUGGUUCUAUAUAGUGGAAAUGCUUUUUAGGGAUGUAUCUGUGUUUUGAGAGUAAUGAACUGUAAUGUAAAUGUCUGCUUUACUUCCCCCCACAAAUAAAUCAUAUUAUACCAAUAUAUAGAUAGUACACCAAUAAGGUCAGAUUUUGUUACAAUGUGGUGUUUCAUAUUAUAUAUCAUACAAUCUUCCAAACAUAGGGCUUUAUCAUUAUUAAGUAGUAUCAAUGUUGUGUACUUUCACAGUAUCUUUGGUUUUAUAGUAUGAACAUGUACUGUAAUUUACAUAAUUGUACUUAAUACGUACAUUUGUGUUCCUAUUAUGAUUUUAGUUUUACAGAUCUUGCUCUGUUAUUGCUUUCUCGAGAGGCUCAUUUCUAACAAAUGUACAGCAAUACAUUUACAUUUUCAUUGAAUUCAUGACAAAAUGAAAGUAGAGACAGUAUUAUUCCUAGCAUGGAAUUAGGAUUCCUCCCACUGUGGUAAAAUAGAGCAUUCCACAAAGACAUUAUUCUUAAUUGCACAAAUAUUUGUUCAUUCUUAUCACAGAUUUACAGUAGAUAUCAUUCAAAACAAAUUGCAUUGUCUACACAUGUAGUCACGCAUGGUAAACGCAAAGUUAUCGAGGUGUCCCUUGCUAUGCAGCUGUGGUACAAAACACUAUAGCACAAGUUUGGAUACUAUAAAACAUUUCCUAUUCUUUAAAAUGGCAACUUUUUGUUGUAGUUGUGUUUUGGUCCCUCAUUGUUGACUUAUAGGUCCGCAGGGGUAUUCUGAACCACCUCUAUCUCAUUAAAGGGAAUGUAUUUGGAGAGGGGUGACUAAAAGCCAAAGUGCACCAAAGUGCAGACCUGUGAGUGCACUGGAAGAGGCCAAAAAACCAUGGCAACAGAGGCGAGAGGCACAUUUGUAAAAUGAAGUCCAAAACAAAGUGAAGGUGUUAGUGCUAGUAGCAGCUUGAUGCAUGCCAAGCCCUAGACCUGGAGUGCUGACAUGGCUAACUCUCUCUCUCUCUCUUUCUUUCUUACUCCUAUUUAUCUCCAUCUCUCUCUCUCUCUCUCUCUCUCUCUCUCUCUCUCUCUCUCUCUCUCUCUCUCUCCUCACUCUCUCUCCUCACUCUCUACUCAUAACUUCCCUCUCUUUCUUUCUCUAUCCCUCUCCAUCUCCUCCCUCUCUCACCCCCACCCCCUUCUCUCUCUCUCUCUCUCCAUCCCACCCCCUCUCCCUCUCUUCCAGAUAAUGGUGCUGACAGACCCUGAGUUUGAGAGUAGUGUGCUCAUCAGCUCGGAUGAAGGAGCGAGCUAUCAGAAAUAUCGCCUCAGCUUCUACAUCCUAAGCCUCCUGUUCCACCCAACACAGGAGGAUUGGGCCCUAGCCUACAGCCACGACCAG